UAUAGUAUUGCAUUUCAUAUAGAUUAUUUUUAUUAAUCUUGUAUUUAUUUUAAUUUUCUGAAAUACAAAAUAAUUCCUAAUAUGUAAAAAGGUAAAGAAAAAAAGCAAAAAUACAUAUUCAUUGGUUUUAUUUUUUCUUAUACAACUCUAAUCAUUGCAAAUGUCAGAAAUAUAAAAAGUAAAUUAGUAACAUUUUUUAUAUAUAUCAAAAACUUACGUGCAUAUAGAUAAAUUAUUUAAGAGUUUUAUUCAUUUAACUAAAUUGAAUAUUUAAAUCUGUCUGGAAAACGUUCUAAAAUAGUUAUAAUUAAAUAAAUUAGUGUGUUUAUUCCUGGAAAUACAAAUAAUGAAGAUUUAUUACUAAAAGAUUAAGGUUCUCCGUCAAGGCUAAAUUAAACUGGUAUUACAUCAUUUAAAUUUUUAUAUUGUAAAAUAAAGUAUAUCCAUGAUAUAAAUAACAAAACUCCUGCUAAUAUUUAUCCUAUUAUUUCUAUUCUCUAAUAUUUUGGGAUAGGAAACUAUUGAUAAUCUAA